AUGGACUUCAAUGAUCAGAUUUCGAAGUACCUUGAAGAUUGUAAAUAUACUAGCUGGAGUUUUCUAGGAGCCCUAAAGUAUCUAGCAAUCGAUGUGAAGUACUCAAGUGCGGACCUACCUGCUAUCAAGGAGGCCUUUCUGCACCAUAUGUGCAACAAUUCCAGAAAUCCUUAUACAAACAAAUCAGUAAAGAGGAAAGCCACAACACUUUGCACAAGCCUCUCAGGUGCUGCUGAGUGCCCAGAGGUUCAGCAAUUCGUCCAAGAGCUAGACAUUCGAAAUGCUAAUAAGAUUUAUGACAACACUGUCGAGUUAGUUGUGGUUGAGGACAAAACAACCAAAGUGAAGCUAAGUGGUAAGAAAUACACAGUGAAACAAGGAGAUAUCAACAACACUCUGAAAUGCAAGCAGAAUGAUGCAUUGGACAUGACAGACAGGGUAAAUGAGCUCAAAGAGAAUCCUUUGCUGACCGCAUCUAAUGAGGAUGUGGAACAAAGGCCAAAAUGCUCAACUCACUCAAGUGAUGAAGAAGACGGGUUUAAAGGUCAAGGGGAUGACAAAAGUAAUGAGAGAGACUGUGAUGUUAGGGAAGAUGAAUUGGAGAAACAGGCAUGGAGACUCUUCAGGGCAAUGGGGAAUGGCUUGUGGGAUCUAAGAAAGUAA